AUGAAUUUCUCUGUUUCUUUUGCUGUAAUAUUAAACAUUUGUGUUACUAUUUUAGUUGCAACAGAAGCAACAAAAAUAUUAUGUCCAAUUAAAACCUUGAUCCAGCUCGGAGAUUCCCUAUCCGACACGGGGAAUGCCAUACGCCUCCUUCCUGUGGGCCCCACGCUCCCGGCAGCCCGCCUUCCCUACGGCAAAACUUUCCCUGGCCUGCCCACCGGCCGUUGGUCCGAUGGUAGACUCAUCAUAGACUACGCAGCUAUGGGUCUUGGGCUUCCAUUGGUGAACCCAUAUUUCAAUAAGAACGCUUCGUUCAGAAAUGGAGUGAAUUUUGCGGUGGCCGGAGCUACUGCGCUCAAUGCUUCUUUCUUCCUUUCUAGAGGGAUUAUUGUUCCUAGUGUUGGAUCAUUGGACCUUCAACUACGUUCAUUUCGUACCUACCUUGCCUCAAUUUGCUCCACCCCUCCAGAAUGUGGUGAUUAUCUUAGACGAGCUCUGAUUUUCGUGGGUGAAAUUGGAGGAAAUGACAUCAACUUUCCAUUGUCACAAGGCAGAUCCCUCGAAGAAAUCCGAACCUACAUUCCUUUCAUAAAUCAAGCUAUUGCUAAUGCCACAAGAGAUAUUAUUCGAGCCGGUGCCACCCGAUUGGUGGUUCCCGGAAAUUUUCCGAUCGGUUGCUUCCCUUUCGUCCUUGCUGCAUUCAGCAACAAUGAUUCCACAAUGUACGACGAACUUGGUUGCGUAAGAAGCGCCAACAACCUCGCAAUUUACCAAAACAGUAACUUGCAAAUUGCAUUGGAAGCUCUCAGGAGGGAAUUUCCCGGUGUAUCCAUAAUCUAUGUAGAUUAUUACAACGCUUUCCUAACAACUUUUCGCUUGGCGCCCUUAUUUGGAUUAAACCGAACAACUUUACUAACACCAUGUUGUAAAAGCAGACAAUACAAUCUUCUCAAUUCCGAGUUUUGUGGGAACCCAACCGUGCCGGUUUGCUCGAACCCGGGGCAAUAUAUACAUUGGGAUGGCCUCCAUUUGACACAAGAAGCUUAUCGCCGUAUAUCCCAAUUUGUUAUACCUAAUAUUCUCCCUACAGUCAUAUGUUAAUUAAUUUACUUGAGACUAAACAUAUUGAAAAAGUGACGAUGUACUAUUUAUUUGAAUAAAACAUGUUGGAAAAUCAUUGUGUUA